CAACGUUUAAUCAUCAUGGCGUAUAAAGGGCGAAGGGAGAACACGCCUUCUCUCCUCGCCCGGAGACUUCGAUCUGUUUUCGUUGUUCGCCGAGAGAGAGAUAGAGAAGAGAGAGAGAUGGAUGCGUUCUUCCAAUCCCGAUCUCAGUCCCAUGGCGGAUGGACUCGGAAUUCCUUCAAAAAUUUCGGUCAGAUCCCUUCGAAUGUUCAAAAUCAUAUGAUGCUGGUUUACUUGACGCUAUGUUGCGCGCUCGCGGCAUCAGCGGCUGGAGCUUAUCUCCACAUUUUGAUGAACAUUGGCGGAUUUUUGACGAUGAUGGGUUGCUUUGGUAGCAUCAUGUGUCUACUUUCCAUGCCUCCAUAUGAAGAGAAGAAGAGGUUUGGGCUUCUGAUGGCCGCAUCUGCUUUUGAGGGGGCUUCCAUUGGGCCUUUGAUUGAGCUUGCCAUUGAGUUCGACUCCAGAAUUCUUCUGAAACCUUUAACAGCAAGUGAUUUAGUAGCAACAUCUUGA